AUGAGAAAGCUUCGAAGAACGGUGUCACUUGAUGCGAUAUCACUCUCGCCCGAUUCCUACGCCAGUUCAUGCACAAAAUCAUUACCGUACUUGGAUGAGUUUUCCUUCUAUGGACAAUCAGCCAAGUGUCCACCUCCAAUGAUCAAAACGACCGACAAAAACAAGAAGAAGCGUAAAAAAAGUGCCAGCUUUCCAAACUGGUACGAAAAAUCUGCCGAUAAUUACUUUCCGACUGUUGAUGAGGUAGGCAAAUCGAUCGCCUCGGUCAUUGCCCCUAAGUCGCCAACUGAGCCACACGGUUCGCCAAUUCCGAAGACGGUGAAGUCGCGUUCGCUCCUUGACGUCGCAGCCAACGAAAUCCUUCAGCGCGCCAUCCCUUCUUUCAACCCCCAUUCUCCCAAAAACGGUCGGGUCAAGAAGAGAAAGCGAGCUGUUAGUUCAGACGAGGAAGCAGUCCACGAGAACGAGCAACCGGCGAAGCGCUCCAAAGGGCUUUUUGAAAAAGCCAAGCAAUGUGCCAAGGAUGCCAAGCGUCGAACCAUAAAUUCCAUCAAGGAAACGGUCAAUGCCGCUCCAGCGCUCCAGGCGUCCUUGUUGAUGGGAACUUACACGGCAAGCCUCUGUGUUACACCAACCGGCAAAACCCCAAAGUUCCUCGACUCCUCCGUUGUUGAUUCCGAUCGCCCAAUCGUCGUUCCUGAUAAAGGGAUUUUUAUCCCUUAUUCGUGCUUCAAGGGUGUUUUGCCUGCGUUGCAGGCUCCUCCUGGAAUGAUGGCAAUUGAAGAUCAUCAGAUGCCCGUUCCGCCGCAGCAGAUCCCACAUUUUCACAAUAGCGAGAUGCAGGAGGGUCAGUUGGGAAAGCCCACUGUCGCUCAAGAUCGCGACUUUGAUUUCGCUCAGGGUCAGACGAUUCCGGGCGUGCAAUCUCCGCCCCCUUUUGUUCCUAUUCACACCGGAACUUCGGCCUCUGCGUUCGAGCCCCGAAAUGACGAUUACUCUUCCGAAAAGCGGGUAAACAUUACCGUCGUUUCUACCUCUCCUCCUCCCGGCGAGACAGAGAACUUUUCGUCUGCGCGCGAAUUCUCGCCCCCAUUUGCAGCUGAGAAAACUUCGCCCAAAACUGUAAAGAAGAAACCUCUUCUUUUGGCUUCGCGACGACUGGUCUUUGACUCGCCUGGCCCUUCCCCACAAGAAGAUUCUGUUGAUCCUGAUGCGACUCUUUGCCCACAGGUCGACCUUAACGCGACUCUUCGCCCCAUUCCCGAGUCGCCUACCUUUUCGAUGCCCGCGUCUGGAACUAAAUUCCUUCCUGCGGACGAUGGUUUUGUCGCUCCUGACGCGAUCACACCUGCGUCUCACCGUGUUGUCACUGCUCAACUUCUUCGUGAGCGACGUCGUUCCUCUCCACUCGUCGUUCCUGCCUGGCAGAACUGCAUUGACGAGUUGUCCAAGCGUGGACUUCCUUCUUCCGAAGAAUGA